GUAUAACAUAAAUAAUGAUUACUUUGAGACAUUUCAAGAGCCCCCCAUCCACUGCGCACGGCCCCCAAACGAACUACUCAUCAAACUAAUUAGAGCAAGGGGCCUGCGGGCGCUCGAACACGGACUCUUUGGUCAAGUAACUGCGGAUCCAUUUGUCAGAAUGCAUUUAAGCGGUGAAAUACACGAGUCGAGAGUUUCCCACCGAACGUCAUGUCCGAUAUGGAAUGAAAGGUACAGGAUGCGCACCCCUGACUCUGUAGAAUCUUCACUGAAAGUCAUAGUUUUCGACUGGAAUCUUGGAAGUCUUCCGAAUGUACUAGGCAUGACGGACAUAGCUUUGAGCUUACUAAUGAAUCGCAGGACCCUUCGGCGAUGGUUUCCACUCAAUGUUGGCGGCGAUAAGUGCUUCACGGGUCACUGCGGGGAAGUUGAGCUUGCCUUGCGUUGGAUACAUAAUCCUGAGUUUUCUCCCCACGACGACGACGACGAUUAUUUCGAUUUGGUGCCCAAUUGCCUCAAAUUCGCAAUAGUUCGGGCGCAAGGGUUCUGCGGGGAGUGCAACUCACUCACAACAGCAUCGCUUCAUGCUUCGCAUGAAUUUGGCGCUCCAGCGUCUAAUUUGAGUGCAACUCAUAGGACAGCCCAUUCGACCACACGUAUCGAAAAUACCCGAAACCCUAUUUGGAACGAACACUUUCAAUUUCCGUACUACACACCAGAAGGGCCAGAGCACAGAAGCGCCGGCUGUGGUUCCGUACUUGCUAUCGAGCUUCUUGACCAUACGCAUAUUGGUACCUUGGGCUCGUUGGGUGUAGCUGCAAUAGACAUAAGUUGUCGCCCUCGUCGCUCCUGGGUACACGCUGGGUCUGACCACAAGCUGGAGCUCGAUUUGCUGUGGACUUAUGAUCCCCUCCUGGAGCCCGAGGUCGUCUUGCGCGUGCCGUGGCUGAGCCUUUCUCAAUUCGCCUUGUCGUUGUGCAAAAAUGACUAUACUGUGUAUUUACGACUGGAUGUUGGCGGAUGUGUCGCACGGACAUUUGCGACUAGAUUUUCUGGCAAGAGUGCGGACGUAGUGUGGCCUGACGACCUCGUACUGACCUCUACAAUGCGCUCGCUGAUUGAGAAGCGCAUAGAAGUGUGUUGCUUCUUGCGGGUCGCACACCCAGGCGGUGUCAACGACACGUUGAUUGGCCGCGUGGAGUUAUGGUGGCCCCACAGCUAUUUAUAUGAUACAGUAACAAGACAGCGACGACCUUGCUUCCCUCGGGAAUUUUUCGUUCAAACGAACAUGCGGAGUGGAAGCACAAAUUGUGUGGCAUCGAGGCUUGCGCUCCUACUGACAGUGAGUAACUGGUCGCCGGACCUCAAAAACUCUGUCUCCCGAAAUGACGAAUUGUGUUUUGACAUUUUUGAUGACAAUGCGGGAGAACACCUUGGAAGAUGCGCUUUGUGUAGCACAAUGUUGAAGGAAAUAAAAGCCAGAUCCUGGUUAGAUAAUGGUCCAUUGUGUUCUGUUAAUGGACAGCCCAGUAGUUUCAAAUUGGCCCCAUGGUCCACUCGGCAUGCUGCGGUGGCGGCAUCCAACGCUAGUAGUCAAAUUGUUCUUGCCCUCAGCACUCGUCUGAACUACUUCAGCGUCUCUCGGUCAGGGCGGAUAAGCCAAAAUCCAACUGUGACCAGCGGCAAGUUGAGUAUCAUGCAACCGAGUAUUCAAAUUGCAAAAGAUACCAUCUGUGCUGUGCUACAUGCAGCUUGGAGGUUCAUACUAGCUGGUAGACAUACUAUUCUGCACGUGAUAGACGGAGUCGGCCUUGGUGCAUCUCCUGAUUCUCCCAAUACCACGCAUGGUCCUGAAAGCUGCCCCAUUUCUUCAGCUGCCUACUGCAUGGUACGCUACGACAGCGUUGAGCUUGGAUGCACCAGUGUUUGUGCGCUUGAAACCGAUACUUGUUGGAAUGCACUGAUCCCAGUACCUCCUGCCCGUCUCAUUGUAGUGGAGGUUUACGAUUGCUUUCCAGCUCGCCUACCCGAAGAAGGCACUUCGCUUCGUGGGAAAGUAACGCUGUCGCCGGCACAGCUCCUAGAGCUUCGCCAGAUCACGCGACGCCAGUCUGGACAACAGCGACGUGCUUAUUUGCACCAACAAAUUUAUACGGAUGUGAAAGUUGAUUAUAGCAUGUCACAUCACAAAGCAGAUCGCGAGGACAAGGAAGACAACAAAAUCACCGGCCAAAUGAUCCCAAGAGUCCUGUUGUCGAUGACAGACAUGGCAGCCACUGAACUCCCAGCUUUGACAACCUCGUCGAGUUUGCUUGGCCGUGCGUUGCGCACAACGCAACUGUCAUACGUCGUACUCCGACUACUAGACAGAAAGGCUCGGUCAUCAACGACAAGAGUCGCGGGGAAGCGCGCUCUGUGGAAGAACGACAGCGCAUCGAUCGUUGUAGAUGAGUCAAUGUUGAGCGAGGAACCACUACAUGUGCAGAUCUGGAGCGAAAGAACAGCACUUCCAGAUAAUCUACUGGGUGAGUCGCAGUGCAUAAAUCAAUUUUCACUACGUGGGGGACACCCGACUCGCUGGUUGAUUUGCACACAGGUGAAUCGCGUACCCGGCUCGAUGCUGUCAUCAGUGCCAAAGGCAAACCAACCCCAACCACAUUCGAGAUGGGGCGACCCGGUCAUCGUCACCAGGGGAUACUAUCAUGCUCACUCAGCUUUGAACGACAACAAAAGUCAGUUGAACAACACGGAUCUAAUGCGUCGAGGAACCUGGCAGUUGUCAUUGGCCUUGCAGCAACUAUAAAUCAUCAUGCUGAGGCGGCUUCAGAAGCUACUUCCCGUGUGAUAAAACGCAUUUCUCGGCGAAAACCGGACGGCUGUGCUGGCCAUAUAGGAGACUUGGCUCGCUUUGCGUUGGACGAGGAGAUAUGCAACAACAAAGGACGGAGAAGUAAAAUUUUUGUUUCCGCACAGGCAGCUUUUCUCGCCCUCGCCAACCAAAGGCAGGCAAUCGUUGAGAGGAAAGGGGACCCUAGUAUAGUCAACAGCUUCGGCGAAGAACUUGCUGAUGAAACCUAUCACGCCCCACAUGGUGGCAAGGCAGCAUCAGAAAUUGAGAACCACAUAACGCUCUCCUCCAGCGAUGCUGGCGUUCAUAGUGGCGUUGAUUCAGUGACAGGAAUGCCUUGGAGAGCGAACAACUCGGGGUUUCGUUGUUUCUUUCUAGGGUUUCCUGCUUGAGAAUUUCUAAAACACCCCGUGGGACGUUUUUCUCUUGACAGCGAUCCCCCAAAUGUUAUAAUAAGGGCCAACGGGGCCGCAUCCUAGCCUAGCCCUCUUGUGCCAUACCUAAGUAUUGUCCUUUUUU